AUGACACACUAUAAUCAUGUUGAUAUCAUUGUUUUCCAAGGUGAUAAAAAGGAUUCAGUGACAUCAAGUCAAACCCUAGAUUUGACAUCUGGUUUUGAAGUUGGCCCAACAACAAAUAGUGCACGCGAUGCGGUAUCAUGUCAUAGUGCUCGGUCGGUGUUGACUAUUGCCUUCCAGUUUCCUUUUGACAGUAGUCUACAGGAUAAUGUUACUGUCAUGGAACGCCAGUACAUCCAUAGUGUGAUUUCCUCUGUGCAGAGGGUUGCCAUGGCGAUUUCUCCAUCUGGUAUAAACCCGGCAGUUGGCUCAAAACUCUCUCCUGGUUCUCCAGAGGCUCUUACACUAGCCAACUGGAUCUGCUGCAGUUAUAGUUAUUAUUUGGGGGCAGAGUUGCUGAGAUCUGAUUCUCUCAUUAGUGAGUCAGUGCUUAAACAUUUGUGGCAUCAUCAGGAUGCCAUUUUGUGCUGUUCUUUGAAGUCGGUGCCGGUGUUCAUCUUUGCAAACCAGGCUGGCCUUGACAUGUUGGAAACAACUUUGGUGGCUUUAAAAGACAUCACAUGGGUAUUUAGAGGAAGUGCCUUGUAUUAA